AUGUCGUCCAAGAACUUCUUGACAGCUGCCAUCACUGUGAUUCUUCUGGCUCUAUGUCUCAUGAAGAUCAAUAGUAGCGGCACCACUGCUGCAACUCUCCAUGCCACUCCAAUCAUCGACAACAAUCAUCAUCCUUCCUUCAAACUUUCCGCGACUCUCCAGCUCCGUAUUCGAGUCUAUUACAAAAAUUCCAACUUGAAUACUAACCCAAUGUUUUUACGAGGUAAUAUUCCUCCACUCAGUUGGUCCUCGGGAAUUCCUCUCCAAAUCGUUGGAUCCAACAACAAUGGAAUUUUUGAAACACUGCUCAAUAUUUCCCAAUCAGAUUUGAAAAGUAAUGGUUACCUCUUGCAAAUGAAGAGUCUAGUGAAUGAUCGGGAUUGGCAAUUAGGACCAAAUUCCAUGUUUGAUUUGAAACAUUUGGCUCAAAACAACGGGAUCCAACCAAAGCAUGAUGACAUGCCUUCAUCUUCACGGAUGACUCGAGGAGAAGACUCGAUGAUUUCUCUCGAUUUAUAUCCAUGGUUCUACACCACAGAAGGCUCCAUUCUCGUGCUCCCCAAUCCAAUCUAUUCCCCUCAAUUGAAAAAUUACAGAAAUAUUACCUUGUAUUUGCCUCCUUCUUAUUUUGAAAAUUCAUGGAAACGUUAUGAUAAUUUACUAAUCAUGCAUGAUGGACAGAAUUUAUUUGAUCCUUCCACUGCAUUCAUGAAUCAGGCUUGGAUGAUUCAAAAUACGUUGAAUCCAUUAAUGUUGAAUUCGAAUGCAAAUUACGCCAUGGAAGAAGUGGUAGUAAUUGGAGUGUAUAAUACGGCCGAUCGCAUGAAUGAAUAUACAUAUUCGAGAGAUGCUAGUGUUGGUGCAGGAGGAAAGGGAGAUCUCUAUUUGGAUUUUUUGGAACAAACAUUAAUGCCAACCUUGAUGGAAACGUUCAAAAGACGAUGGAUUUUGGAUCACUCAAAAUUGGGAAUUUUGGGAAGCUCAUUGGGAGGUUUAAUUUCGUGCUAUGCGGGAUGGACACGUCCUAAAGUCUAUGGAAAAGUUGGAUGUAUGAGCUCUUCAUUUUGGUGGAAUAAUCAAGAUUUUAACAAUAGAAUUUUGAAUCGACCUAAUGUACCACAACAAUUAGUGAUCUAUUUAGAUAGUGGAAAUCAAGGAGUGGAUAAUGAUGAUGUGGUUCAAACUCAAACAGUUCGUGAUCACAUACUCAGCUUUCCUUCUUUCACUUUUGGUAAAAAUUUGUAUUAUUAUUUGGACAAUGGAGGUCAACAUAAUGAAUAUUUCUGGGGCAGGAGAUUUUGGUCGCCAUGUCUAUCCUUGUGGAAGCCUGUACCACAACUUGUUGGUGGUAGCUCUGUACAAUACAAACGUAACUAA